AUGCUACGUUAUAGUCUGCCACCAAGUGCCUCUAAGCUACGUCAUAGUCUGCCACCAAGUGCCUCUAAGCUACGUCAUAGUCUGCCACCAAGUGCCUCUAAGCUACGUCAUAGUCUGCCACCAAGUGCCUCUAAGCUACGUCAUAGUCUGCCACCAAGUGCCUCUAAGCUACGUCAUAGCCUGCCACCAAGUGCCUCUAAGCUACGUCAUAGUCUGCCACCAAGUGCCUCUAAGCUACGUCAUAGCCUGCCACCAAGUGCCUCUAAGCUACGUCAUAGUCUGCCACCAAGUGCCUCUAAGCUACGUCAUAGUCUGCCACCAAGUGCCUCAAAGCUACGUUAUAGUCUGCCACCAAGUGCCUCUAAGCUACGUCAUUGUCUGCCACCAAGUGCCUCUAAGCUACGUCAUAGUCUGCCACCAAGUGCCUCUAAGCUACGUCAUAGUCUGCCAUCAAGUGCCUCUAAGCUACGUCAUAGUCUGCCACCAAGUGCCUUUAAGCUACGUCAUAGUCUGCCACCAAGUGCCUCUAAGCUACGUCAUAGCCUGCCAUCAAGUGCCUCUAAGCUACGUCAUAGCCUGCCACCAAGUGCCUCUAAGCUACGUCAUAGUCUGCCACCAAGUGCCUCUAAGCUACGUCAUAGCCUGCCACCAAGUGCCUCUAAGCUACGUCAUAGCCUGCCACCAAGUGCCUCUAAGCUACGUCAUAGUCUGCCACCAAGUGCCUCUAAGCUACGUCAUAGCCUGCCACCAAGUGCCUCUAAGCUACGUCAUAGUCUGCCACCAAGUGCCUCUAAGCUACGUUAUAGUCUGCCACCAAGUGCCUCUAAGCUACGUCAUAGUCUGCCACCAAGUGCCUCUAAGCUACGUCAUAGUCUGCCACCAAGUGCCUCUAAGCUACGUCAUAGCCUGCCACCAAGUGCCUCUAAGCUACGUCAUAGUCUGCCACCAAGUGCCUCUAAGCUACGUCAUAGUCUGCCACCAAGUGCCUCUAAGCUACGUCAUAGUCUGCCACCAAGUGCCUCUAACCAAAGAUGCGUCACGCUGCAUCUUGAAUAA